AUGGCUCUCGUCACACAGUUCCUCACCUCCAUAAGAGGGCUCGUCGUCUCACUUGAUGGCGACAGCCUCUCUACCUGGCUACAGGUUGAGCCAAGUCCGACCGCUGGCUCCUAUUUCCAGCUCCGCGAUGAGCUCAGGCAAGGGUUCAGAGGGCCUAAUGCUCUCGAGAAGCUCGUCGACAGCUGUAUGCCUGAGGUUGAUGACCCCGCAGAGGGCACCGGCUCACCAUGGCCCAGCUUCGUCGCCUUCAUAAAAGAAUAUUUGCUUUACUGGAAAGAUGCAGACUUUGACGACCUGAUGGGGUUGCAAGAAAUGUUAUCUACCCUGUUGACAUCAUGCGCGACUGCCCUGUCGCACCCUCAGUAUGGCAGUCUCAUGUUCAAGACCAGCAUAUCACUCUCCGAGGCGCUGUCGAAGGUGGUCAUGUUGCUCCACCGGCGGCCAGAGCUUAUGACAGGCCGUCGAGCUGUCGCUGGGGAUGAGGACAGCAAGUCUAUGGUCGAGCAGUCGGCAGACAUCAUACAGAAGGUCUUCACCUCCUGUCUUACAGAUAGGUCGAGCACUAGGUAUGCGAGGCCAGAAGGCAAGAAGGUCGGAGUCUACAUCUUCGCCAAUCUUGUACUCAAGCUUCUGUUCACGUGCGGCAAGUCUCGUCUGGCAGCACAGCUGCUGCUCAAUAUCUCUGCGAGUGGUCCACCGCUUGAGCUCUAUCCAGCAGCGCAGCGCGUCACGUACCUCUACUACCUAGGGCGCUUCAACUUUGACUGUGAUAACUUCAUAAGGGCCUCAUUAUGCCUGCAAGAAGCCUACCUACAGACCCCGCCGGUCAUGCAGCAACACCGCAAGCUCAUCCUCACCUACCUGAUUCCCUCCAAUAUCAUGCUCGGCCGCUUCCCAAGUGAGGCUCUCCUCUCCCGAUCAGAGGCCGCCACCCUCGCACCUGUCUUCCGACCUAUCAUGGCCGCUCUGCGCAAAGGCAAUUUCGUCGCCUUCCAGGCAGCAAUAGCCUCUCACGAAGACUGGCUCUACCGCAAAGGAAUAUUGUUCACGCUCAUGUUCCGACUUCGACCCAUAGUCUGGCGGUCCUUCAUUCGGCGCAUAUUCCUCAUCACCUAUGAACCACCCCUGCCCAGCGAAAACUCUCGGGCCGCGCCCACACUCAACCUCUCCGAUGUCUAUACUGCAGCUGUCUACGUCCAGAAGCUUCUAGAAGGCUAUGUUCUCAUCCGAUCCCCAGCACUGCAGCAACAGCAACGCACUGCAGCGGGAGCCAACAACCUCUUCAUAACAGCUGUGCAGAACAGCGCAGCUGCGGAUUCAACCACAUCGCUGCUCAUGCCGCCGCCUGGUGGCAAGCCGCGCAAGCUGAAGCCGAGCGAGGGCUUGUUUUGGGGAAACCUAUCCGUCACGAUGAAGGAGGUGGAAGGGGUUGUCUCUGCGCUGACCACGCAGGGCCUAAUGCAUGGCUUCUUGGCGCAUUCGAGUGGCAAAUUUGCGAUUAUGGGUGCGAAGAAGACUUCUCCUCUAACGGCGGGAUGGCCGGGUGUUGCAAAGGUUGUACGGGAUCGGCUGGAUGAGGAGGGCAUCGACCCCCAAGAAGUGCCGGCAUGGGUCAAGGCCCAGCCAGGCUUCAUAUGA